CACACCGCCAGACGGAGCCUCCCCAUUCUGUGAUCAUGUCAGCCAGACCGGGAUUCUAUCGCCAGGAGCUCAACAAGACAGUAUGGGAGGUGCCCGAGCGCUACCAGAUCCUCACGCCGGUCGGCUCGGGCGCGUACGGCUCCGUGUGCUCUGCGUAUGAUGUGCAGCUUCGUCAAAAGGUAGCCAUUAAGAAGCUCUCUCGGCCAUUUCAGUCUCUCAUUCACAGUCGGCGCACCUACAGGGAACUGCGAUUGCUCAAGCACAUGAAACACGAGAAUGUUAUUGGGUUGCUAGAUGUUUUCUCUCCUGCAGCAUCACUAGAAGAAUUCAAUGAGGUCUACCUUGUGACUAAUCUGAUGGGAGCAGACCUCAACAACAUAGUCAAGUUUCAACGCCUUUCAGAUGAGCAUGUGCAGUUCCUCAUUUAUCAGUUACUUCGUGGCCUUAAGUACAUCCAUUCAGCUGGACUAAUACACAGAGAUCUAAAGCCAAGCAAUGUAGCUGUGAAUGAAGACUGUGAACUCAGGAUCCUGGAUUUCGGAUUGGCCAGGCAGACAGAUGAUGAGAUGACUGGGUAUGUGGCAACACGCUGGUACAGAGCACCUGAAAUUAUGCUCAACUGGAUGCAUUAUAAUCAGACAGUGGAUAUCUGGUCUGUGGGAUGUAUUAUGGGUGAACUUAUCAAAGGGAAGGUCUUGUUUCCAGGAAAUGACUAUAUAGAUCAGCUGAAGAGAAUCAUGGAGGUGGUUGGUACCCCAACUCCUGACCUUCUGAAGAAGAUCUCUUCAGAGCAUGCCCAGAAAUACAUCCAGUCCCUUCCCUACAUGCCCCAGCAGGAUCUGGGGAAGAUAUUCAGAGGAGCCAAUCCACAGGCGGUAGAUUUGUUGAAGAGAAUGCUGGUGUUAGACUGCGACAGGCGGAUCUCUGCCACUGAAGCCCUGUCCCACCCUUAUUUCUCUCAGUACCACGAUCCUGAAGAUGAACCUGAGGCACCACUAUAUGACCAAACCCCCGAGAGCAAGGACCGCAUGCUGGAGGAAUGGAAGGAGCUGGUGUUUGAGGAAGUUAACAGUUUUAAAGCCCCUGUCAACCAAACAGAAAGCCUCCAGGCCGAGCAGUAAAAGUAACUGUUCAACAAUCCAAACCGAGUCUAACCAACUACCCAAGAAGGAUAAAUACUAUUGAUUUGUUUCUCAUUCCACACAAGACUGAGGAUCUAAGGACCUGCCAGUUAGGCAGCUAGAAAAUGAGAACAAUGCAUUCCAUAGGCGUAAAGACUUUGCGUGUGCGCGCGUGUGCGCGUGUGCGUGUAUGUGUAUGUGUGUGUGCGGGGUAUAUACUUAUGAAUGCUGGAAAGUAAUACGUCUCUACUUUCUAGGAUGCAUUAUAGACUCAUACAUGCACAACCAAUAUAUUAUUAUAGGAAGCAUGUUGUGUUUUAAUUGAACUUUUUUUAUAACGAGGACAAUACAAGAAAUGUAGAGCGAAAUAUGGAGGUCAAUCAAACCAAACUGAAGAGAAGAAGGUCAGCCUUAAAUCUACAUGUUUACAGAGAAGGAUUGAGCGAAAGGCAUUAACAUUGUGUGAACAACACAGUGGAAACACUAGAUGAACAGUGAAUCAAAUAGAUAAAAGAAGCAUUACAUCUAGUAGUACACUUGGAUGAAGGAUAUAUAUUAUUGGCAUUAUGAAGUUAUGAGAGUGAUUCAGAAUACAAGUUAUUCACAGUGUUUGGUUUGUUGCGCCAAAGACUUGAGGAAACCAAAAUAAUUACAGAUAUAUGCAUAGAUGGGUGACAGAUUAAAAGAAAAUCUGGUGACUGUUACGCUGCGAAGGUAUUUUGCCGGCAUGUUUUGUGUUCAUUGGUCCCCUUGGAGGGAAGGGUGACUGGAAAUCAUUACAAACUUCUUCUCACUGAUCACCUUUGUAGUAUAAUGAAACAUUUCUAACCUGAUGAUGGUGGCCUCUUCCAGGAUCACAAUGCUCCCAUCCACAGGACACAAGAGCUCACUGAAUGAUUUGAUGAGUGUGAAAAUGUUGUUAAUCAUAUGCUAUGACCUUAACCGUAACCAGAUCUCAACCUAAUUGAACGCCUGUGGGAGAUUUUUGACAAAUGUGUUUGAUAGCGUUCUAUACCACCAUUAUCAAAGCACCAACUAUGGGAAUAUCUCGUUCAACACCUCCAGUACAGUACCAGAGACUUGUAGAAGUGUUUUCUCCUUGAGUUGUUUUUUUAAAAAAUUUUUUACCUGUAGCUAUUAACUUGUGUUUCAAUUCUUUUUUGUUAACUUCUGGCAUUUACAGUUACAUAUUGUAUGUAUGCAUACACAUACAUAUAGUUCAGUACAAACGUUUGCAUUUCCUUAAUUUGAAAUUAAACCAACAACUGUCAAAACGUGAAUGUUAAGAUAUUACUAGUUAACAAAAUGAUAUUUCUGAAUGUGAUCUAAAUGUGGAUGUUAUUCCAUAUACCUCUUAUUCAAUCUCAGUUUUAGGAAAAAAAAGUUUAUUUCUCCUUUACUUUUUACUACAGUGUGGUCUUUGUGUUUGUUUCUUACAUUUCUCAGUAAUGGAUUUCACUGCUGGUUAUGGUUACGGUAAACACAUUGAUGUCUUACCUCUGUAAAAGGUCAAUCUUUUGUUUUAGGUCUUGUGAGAGCUCUUUUCUUGAUUCCAUUGACUCAACUGCUUACAGCAAACAGCUUACAAAUAAUUAUGAUUGAAAUGUUCAAGCCUCACAUAAGACUUACUGAAAGUAAACAUGUGGUUUACGUCUUUAGACAACUUAAUAAGACGCAUUUAGAUAAAUUAACUUGAACAUUAAAACAGGGACACGAUAGAGUAUACUCUAACAUGCAGCAUGUCUAAAUGUGGUAAUAUCUCACUUUUCAAGAUCUUUAUAUUACUUAAAACAGUUGAUCAUAACACUGACUUAUUGCGUACCUCAGUUGCUUUUGUGAGUGUGAAAUGUCUGACUUGAAAGUGGAAAAUGUUUUGUGUUGAGAUGUUGUAUGUUUGUUUUUAAUAGCUGUUCUUCCAUUGAUGAUGAACUGGUGCUUGACUGACCGUAGUGAGUCGGAAUAUCAAUGUGUUUUCAACACUUCACUCACACACCAGUUAUUAGAGAAAUGUGAUAUAUACAGUUGGUUUGCACUGCACUGGUUUAACUUAUGUUAUGAAUUCUUUAGGCCUCAAAACGUUUUUGCUAAAUAAAUAAAUACAUUCCACCAAUCCAACUCAAUAUAGAUUUAUUUCAUAAGCUUAUUUAUUUAUUUACAUUUUAUGGCAUGUGGCAGAUGCCCUUAUCUUACAUUUAUACAUCUGAGCAAUUGAGGGUUAAGGGCCUUGCCCAAGGGCCCAA